AUGGUUGCAAUUUCAGAUAUCCGUAGGAAUAUCGCCUCCGUGAAAAACCUCGGUUCUGGUCUGGUCGCAGUGUUUGUCGGCGGAACGAGCGGCAUUGGCUUAUCAACAGCCCGUGAAUUCGCUCGCUACGCCACUGCACCUCACAUCUACCUGAUUGGGCGUAACGAGGUCCAGGCGUCUGAAAUCAUAUCCGAGUUACGCUCAAUUAACGACGCUGCCACAGUGGAUUUCAUCAAAAGCGAUGUCUCUCUGCUAAAAAAUGUCGAUGUGGCUUGUCAGGAGCUUCUGAAGAAGGAGACAAAAGUCGAUCUGCUGUUUUUGUCUGCUGGGAUCUUGACUAUGAAGGGGAGAACGGAAACCAUUGAAGGCAUAGACCGAAAACUCAGUCUGCACUACUAUUCGCGCAUUCGCUUCAUUCAGAAUCUGUUGCCAACAUUAAACCAGGCCGCAGCAGCAUCUCCAGGUAGCUUUGCGCGAGUAAUCUCCGUUCUCGGCGCCGGCCAUGAGGGCAAGUUAGUCGACGGAGACAAAGAUCUCGAUCUGCAGAAGAACUACAGCUUAUCCAACGCAGCCAAUCAUUCCAUCACCAUGACUUCCCUUUCGAUGAUCCAGCUAGCCGCUGCCAACCCACGCAUCAGCUUUAUUCACAGCGCGCCAGGUGGUGUGAACACCAAUUUUGCGCGAGAGUUUCACCCACUCACAAAAUAUCUAUUUAAUGCUCUGUUCUUCGUGUUAUCGCCUUUCAAUUCAGUAAUUGGUCUUGUCCCGCUGCAGGAUUGUGGUGAGAGGCAUGUUUAUCUUGCUACGAACCCUGCGUUUGCGCCUCGUGGUGGUGACAAGGUUGAGACGUUGGGUGCUGAUGGUGAGAAAGGCAGUGGGGCGUAUAGGCUUGGUCCUGCUACCUCGAUUGUCAGUCAUUCUUCGCUGCUUCAAGGGUAUUUGGAUAGUGGGAUGGGCAAGAAAGUGUGGGAGCAUACGGUGGAGAUGUUUAAAAAGGCCACUGGUACCGCGUAA